AUGAAGGCAGAAAUCCUCAAAUGCUCAGAGCGUCCUUUGCGAAGCGUCAAUGGCGACAGCACAGGCUAUCGAGGAAAUAGGUCGAGGUCGCGAGCAUCACGGUGUGCCGCGAUGGCAGCUGCAUUCAUGAAGCGUGGUGAUACUAUUGUCCUGGCAGACUCAGUCCUUGUCAAAGGUAAACGAGUUGUAGGACUGACCCGUCUUUUACUAUGCGCUGCCUUAACCUUGUCGCUGUUCUUGUCACGGCUUUGUGCUCGUCAUGUUCCUGUCGAGGUUUUGUCGCGGCCUUUAUCGCUCUUACCAAUAGGCUGUAAUCAGUCCUAUUUCCAAUCGUAUAAUCGGCCUUGUCUUUGUUCUUGCGGUAUCUUGUCUAAGGCCUUGAUACUGGUCUUGGUACUGGUCUUGGUAUUGGUCUUGGUAUUAGUCUUGGCACUGGUCCUGGUUCUGGUCUUGGUACUGGCCUUGUAG